UCGCCCUGUGCCCGCAGCUCCCCGCGCCCGCAGGGGCUCGCAGCGACGCGGCCCGCAGAUCUGGGCGGGAGAUUGCGGCAGCCGUCCUCCCCCGGGGGGCAUUUCGUGGCUACUCGAGUGCGGUAGAAACCCACGAUUUAGCACAGAAGCCACCCCAGAAUCUCUGUUUAGACCAAUAGGGCUGAAUUGUGAGCACACAGUGCUGUGUGGUCCUCCAGAAGCUUGGAAAAGCUGAUGAGACAAAAGACGAACAGUUUGAAGAAUAUGUCCAGAACUUCAAACGUCAAGAAGCAGAGGGUACCAGACUUCAACGAGAACUCCGAGGAUAUUUAGCAGCAAUCAAAGGCAUGCAAGAGGCCUCCAUGAAGCUCACUGAGUCACUGCAUGAAGUCUAUGAGCCUGACUGGUAUGGGCGGGAAGACGUGAAAAUGGUUGGCGAGAAAUGUGAUGUAUUAUGGGAAGACUUCCAUCAAAAACUAGUGGAUGGGUCCUUGCUGACACUGGAUACCUACCUGGGCCAAUUUCCUGACAUAAAGAACCGCAUCGCCAAGCGCAGCAGGAAGCUGGUGGACUACGACAGUGCCCGCCACCAUCUGGAAGCUCUGCAGAGCUCUAAGAGGAAAGACGAGGGUCGGAUCUCUAAGGCAGAAGAGGAAUUUCAGAAAGCACAAAAAGUGUUUGAAGAGUUUAACGUUGACUUACAAGAAGAGUUACCCUCAUUAUGGUCAAGACGAGUUGGGUUUUAUGUCAAUACUUUCAAAAAUGUCUCCAGCCUUGAAGCCAAGUUUCAUAAGGAAAUUGCGGUGCUUUGCCACAAAUUGUAUGAAGUGAUGACAAAACUGGGUGACCAGCAUGCCGACAAGGCCUUCACCAUUCAAGGAGCUCCCAGCGAUUCCGGUCCUCUCCGCAUUGCAAAGACACCAUCACCACCUGAGGAGCCUUCACCCCUCCCGAGCCCGACAGCUAGUCCAAAUCAUACGCUAGCACCUGCGUCUCCUGCACCAGCACGGCCUAGGUCACCUUCGCAGACAAGAAAGGGGCCUCCUGUCCCACCUCUGCCUAAAGUCACACCGACAAAGGAAUUGCAGCAGGAGAACAUCAUCAGUUUCUUUGAGGACAACUUUGUUCCAGAAAUCAACGUGACAACACCUUCCCAGAAUGAAGUUCCCGAGGUGAAGAAAGAAGAGACUUUGCUGGAUCUGGACUUUGACCCUUUCAAGCCUGAGGUUGCAUCUGCUGGUUCUGCCGGAGUGACCCACUCACCCAUGUCUCAGACAUUGCCCUGGGACCUAUGGACGACAAGCACUGAUUUGGUACAGCCGGCUUCUGGUGGUUCAUUUAAUGGAUUCACUCAGGCCCAGGACACUUCAUUAUUCACAAUGCAGACAGACCAGAGUAUGAUCGGCAACUUGGCUGAAUCUGAACAGGCCCCACCCACAGAGCAGAAAGCAGAGGAGCCCCUUGCCGCUGCCACACCCGCUGUUGGACUGGACCUUGGACUGGACAAUCGGGCUGAGGAGCCAGUGGAGGAGGCAGUGGUCAUCCCUGGAGCUGAUGCUAGUGUGGUGGUUGAGGUAGCCCCGGUGGAAGAGGCAGAGAAGGCAGCUCUCCCUGCUGAGGAAGGAGUAAGUUUAGAGGAGGCCAGAAUUGAAGCUGAGACCACGCAAGGUGUUGAGAGUGACAGAUCACAACCCGAGGAGAGAGAAGCAGCAGCGCCUCAGGAGAAGGUCAUCCCAUCUGUGGUCAUAGAGCCUGCCUCUAACCACGAAGGAGAAGGAGAACACGAAAUAACCAUGGGUGCAGAGUCCAAAGAGGUUACCCAGGAUGCAGCCCCUCAGGGCCCCACCAGCGAGACACCAGAGCCGGCAGCAGAGCAGAAGCCCCUGGAGGACACUCAGCUCGCGCCUUCCACGCCAGCCACAGGGCCUGCUGACCAGUCAGCAUCUGCGAGGGCGGCCACUCAGGAAUUGCCUCCUGGCUUUCUCUACAAGGUGGAAACAUUGCAUGAUUUUGAAGCAGCAAAUUCUGACGAACUUACCUUACAAAGGGGUGAUGUGGUGCUGGUGAUCCCCUCUGAUUCGGAAGCUGACCAGGAUGCAGGCUGGCUUGUGGGAGUGAAGGAAUCAGACUGGCUUCAGUUCAGUGACCUUGCCACCUAUAAAGGCCUCUUUCCAGAGAACUUCACCCGGCGCCUGGAUUAAGACGACAAGUGUUGCAAGAAAGAGCUCCGUUACUGGAUUUUUAACCCUUCAUGAAAACCUGAAGAUUCCACUCUUGCUAUUAUACUCUUAAUGAGUUACAGACUGAUGCCAGACAAAGCUUGGGAAGAUGUAUCAAUGGAGCAUGUAUGCAAAUGAUGUAUGAAGAAAAAACAAAAAAGUAAAUUAAGGAAAAAGUCCUCACUCGUUCCCAUGUUGUCAAUAACAGGUUUGUGUGUGCUUUGUCCAAGCUGUGGAGACUCUUGUACUUGAUCCCCUCCCACCAAUUCUAAAAUAGCUUUUUCCAGACAAGACCUUAAUUUCUCUGUACCAGGUGUAUGGUAUUGAGUGGCUGCCCUGCAGAAGAUGUGAUGAAUUAUCCUGUAGUCCAAGAUCAUCUUAUUCCCCUGCCAAGGUGUGAGCACGUGCUCUCUCUCCUUUCAAUUUUAAUGUGUUUAAGACUAAACUGCUGCAGAAGUUCUCGAUGUUCUUUUCCAACACAUCUAUAUAUACAUAUAUAUAUAUAUGGACACACGGUCACACAAGCUAGUUGCCAUGACUGCCGGAUCUAUGUGUAUGCAGAAGACUACAUAUGCAUAGUUGCUUUCUUUCCUUUCCAUUGUAGCUCUUUGCCUCUCAAGUGUCAUUGAUACAUGCAUUGCUCUUAUUCUGUCUGGCAUUACAGUUGCAGUUUUGCCUCAGGGCAAAACCAGCCAUCCCAUUGCCAAAACAGUCCGACAGUAUCUGUGUUUGUACUGUGCAGUUUUCAGGAUGAGAUGACAGGUCGCACAUCCAUGCUGUGGCCCCUGUGGAGACAGCAGGGCCUGAGUCUCUCUCUCGCUGUCCAGCCACUGUGGCUGGACAUAGGCUAGCUGGGAUGAACAGCAAAGUAGUCUUCACUUCUGCCUUUAUGAGAUUGGCUUGAAGAUGAGGCAUAUUCAUCCACUCCCAAAAGAACACUAUAAAAAUGGCUCCUAUAUAUUUCCACCUCUUUAUAUUUAUGCAACUCAUCCUCACAGAUCAUCCUAAAAUAAGAUAGGUGAUGUAUGCUGUAUCCACAAAUCAUCUGUAACAGUUAUGUUUUCAGUGCUGUGUCAUUCCAAAUAAACCUUUGGUAAUCUCCAACAAUUACCUCAUUC